GAGGCUUGACGGCAAUGCAUUGGAAUCUCCUAUCCCUGAAAGCUUGAGUGCUAUGGAAUAUUUACGCAUUUUGGAUGUGAGCAAGAACAAGCUUUCAGAGGACAUCUCGACUUUCAGCUGCGUGCAAUUGGAGCACAUGAAGCUGAGCAACAAUAACAUCACAGGCAGCAUCCGUUCUUCCAUCACCUCCUUCGAUUUCCUCACCUACCUUGAUCUAAGCUACACGUUGCUAACCGGCAACAUUCCUACCGUCAUCACCAAAAUGCAAAACCUCUUGCGCCUUGACCUGCGCAUACCAACACUCACGGGCUCCAUCCCGGCCUCCAUGGGCGCCAUGCUCAAUCUGCAGUACCUUUAUGUCAAUCACAAUGCGACGCCAUGCGGUUACGGGGAGUGCGAGGUGGUGCAGUACUCCGGCACAGCCUUCUGCCGUGCCUGCACUGACUUCUGCGACUCGUGUGAUCGCAAGG